AACUCAGCUGUUAAAACCGCUGUGCUUGCUCUUCAGAACCCUCUCCUCGAGCCUCCUGGGAACCCUCACCAGGAUCCUUCCCCGCAGAGGCUGAGGCUCGGACCCAGCAGGAGGGCUGUGGACCAUGUACACCCGCAGUAGGGUGGUGGGCCCAGGCUUGGGCACUUCCUCCAUCUCUCGGGACCACGCUGGAGAUGGGCAGGGCAAGGAGCUGCACCAGCAGCAAAGUCGGAGACCGAGUUUGGAGAUGCCGGCUCCCAAGGACCCUAUGAUGGAGAGGCAGGGGCGCGCUGACCAGGGGAGUGCAGGCACGUACACCUUGAUAGCACCGAAUGCAAGUCGAAGGCAGAAGAUACAGAGAAUUGCUGAGCAAGAACUGGCAGACCUGGAGAGGUGGAAGCAGCAGAACCGGGCCAAACCGGUCCACUUGGUGCCACAGCGGCUGGGUGGAAGCCAGUCUGAAUCUGAAGCCAGGCAGAAACAACAGCUCCAACAGAUGCGAUCUAAAUACCAGCAAAAGCUAAAGAGAGAUGAAUCUCUACGAAUCAGGAAGGAAGCUGAGGAAGCUGAGCUCCAACAAAUGAAGGCGAUCCAGAGGGAGAAGAGUAACAAACUAGAGGAGAAAAGGCAACUUCAAGAAAGCCUCAGAAGAGACGCAUUCCGAGAGCAUCACCAACACAAAACUGCUGAGUUCUUGAGCAGACUGGACACAGACCGGAGAAAGAGAACUGCCUGUCAAACUGCUCUUCAUGCUUCCCAGUCCUCAGUAUGGGUGAGUGGAAACUCCUGCAGGAAACUUCCAGUCCUGCCUAGAGAUCCCAGUUGGGCCAGUAGCCAAAUACACAAGGAUUCUCUACGGAAGGAAGACAACCAAAAAUCGCAGAAGAUGAGGGAUGGACAACAUCAGAAGAAUCAAUUACUGGAAACUAAAGGACAACACCAAGAGGAAGAAAGAGCCCAAAUCCUUCAAGCUGAGCACUGGAGGGUAUAUGAGAAACAGUCACUACCAUCGGGCUUUCUUCAGCUGACCUUGAAAACCCUCAUGAGAUGCUUUUCCUUCAUGCAAUUUUGUUUGGCUUUAGUUUUCAUACCUCAACUUCAACUGCCCACCUACUCAGCUGAGGGGUUGUGGGUGGCCAGUUUUCCUCUGUCAUUAGUUAUGUGUGGAUUUAGAGGCUCAUUACCAACUCGUGUUUAAUCUCUACUGCCAGCAUAAUGUUACCUUAUUUUUCCUAAUUAGUUCUGCCUCUUAUUAGAAGGCUAAUUAGAGCAAUGUUAGUAAAAUAGUAAAAGGGAAUCACGUGACAUUCAAGGUAGUUAGAGCUGUGGAUGCUGUAGGCUUGUGUCCCCUAAUUGACUUUUUUUUUCUUUACUAAUUCUUACAACAGGUUUGGGGAUCCUUUGGGGUCUUUCUGAAUUCCUACUUUCUUAAUCUACAAAUUUGAGCAAAAGGAGAUCUCUUAUACUUUUAUAAACAAAUUUAUAAAUAAAUUCCCAACUA